AUGGCCCGACGCGCGACAUCCCCGCUCGAAGACUCCCAGUUGUUGAGUGAGGGCUCGACAGCCACCCCCAAGCCAGACAACCAGUCGUACUGGCCAACUAUUGGAAGCAAAGACCAGAUCCCAGGAUGGCUACGUGACAAUGACUAUAUUUUGGAAGGCCAUCCGAUGCCCACAUAUUCUUACAAACGAUCUUUACGGCUGUGGCGCUGUUUACAUAUGGAAACGAUGAACAUUUGGACCCAUAUUCUGGGCUCGAUAGCUUUCAUUACUGUUGCUUUAACCCUGAAUCAUUUUGUCUCGGUCUCAAAAGACUUCAAUUUCACCCGCGGCGAUGUGUUUGCUUUUGGAUCCUUCUUGACCUCGGCAACCAUCUGCUUUAGCCUCAGCGCGGGAUUUCACACCCUAAGAAGCCACUCUUACAACAUCCACCAUCUCUGGGGCAAAAUGGAUAUUCUUGGCAUCUGUUUCCUCGCCCUAGGAGCUGGUACCUCUAUGACAUAUUACGCAUUUUAUUGCAGACCCUUCUUCCAGCGGAUGUACUGGGGUCUCAAUCUCUUCUCGGCAAUUGGCGCUGCCAUCACUUUGUUUGACACCGGCGGUGGAGGCAAUAAGAUGAGAACUCUACGAGGAGGGGUUUUCUCCUUGCUAGCUAUCUCCGCCAUGCUGCCUAUUUUCCAAAGUGUGAUUGAGUUGGGCUGGACUCGUGCGAGUAAUGAAAUUGGGGCUGGGUGGUAUCUCGCAGAGGCACUCUCCCUCUUAACCGGAGUGAGCGUUUUUGUCUGUCGGUUCCCAGAGAGACUGAGCCCGGGCACCUUUGACAUUUGGGGUCAUUCGCAUCAGCUUUGGCAUAUGUUUGCUGUGCUUGGCAGUGCUUUCCAUGUUGUUGCUUUGCUUGCUGCAUACGAUUACCGCCGAAUGCGCAAAAUCUGUUGA